GACUUUUCCUUCUUCCAGCAGUCCCGAGAGGUAGAAGUCGGCCAGGAACGCCGGCAGCUCAAUGAGCGACUGCAGCAGGACUCCGAGCAUGGAGCCUAUAACGUCGUGGACCGAGGACAGAGUCAGCGAGUGGCUCCAAGGUCUGGAUGCCCCCUUGCAUCAGUAUCCGCUGUCGGAGUGGCAUCUGUCAGGUAUGGAUCUGCUCCAGUUGACUUCUCUGGACCUGGAGAGGUUGGGGGUCCAUAAGAUUGGACACCAGGAGCUCAUCCUGGAGGCUGUGGAGAAGCUCUGCUCUCUGACUUAUGGCAUAGGAGGAGAGAAUUUGCGUGGUCUGACAGAGAAGCUGCGAGCCGUGGCCCACACCCUGCAGAUGGGCAUCCAGGGCCGCUGGCGCCUCAACAGCUACGACGGACGGAGCACCACCAAGCUGCCUGCUGGCAUCCUGCAGAUUGUUGUGGAACUCAUAACCUCUGCCAAAGGCCUCUUCUCUUUACUCAAUAGAUAUCAGCUCGCCCAGCUCAGUGGAUACACCACCACCAUAAACAUCUUCACUUACUGCAAAGAACUGGGAGACAUUGUGCACAAGCAGGACACCACAGUGUAUGAAAAGGAAAAGGACAUCAUCUCUGUGGGCCGUCAGCUGGUGGCGGUUUGCGAUGAGAUCCUGAAUUCCAGUCCUGAAACACUCCUUACCCACACUGUUCAGCUAGAGAGUGUCGACCUGGUGCCGGUGUCACCUGGCGAUCAGCUGGGGAUUGAGAUAACAUCCACUAGCUCCAGUAACCACUACGUGACCGGAACUGCAGUCGAGGAUUCCAAUGAUGUUUUUGUGAAGAUCUUGGCUGGUGAUGAGGUGGUUCAAGUGAAUGGCCAGAUAGUGGUGGGCUGGAGCAGAGCGAACCUUGUGAAGAAGCUUCGGGAGAAUCCCAACGGAGUGACUCUGGUCUUGAAGAAGAUUCCUGGAUCAGUGCGACGCAAAGACUCAGUCCAGGUCUCGUCCACACAGAGGGAGGAAGAAGAGAAAGAGGAGAGGUCAGAGGAGGAAGAAGAAGAAGAAGAGGAAAAGGACGAGGAGGAGAAUCCAAGGCACUCCAUAUUUGAGAGGGUAGCAGCUUCUGUCAGGUCAUUGUCUUUCAGGCGAGCUAUACACGGGCCAGAGGUACAACAGCAGCAGCCUAUGGGACAAGAGGAAUCAGAGUUACCUGCUGACAAGGAGUUGGUGGAAGGGAGCCAGACUCUAACUUCUUAUCAAAACCAACAGGACAGGCUGUCACCUCUGUCAACCUCAGGAGAGUUUGAGAGUUUGCACGGUUCACAACUCUCCCCCAGACUCCCCGGGAGCUCACCCAGAACGCCUUCACCCCUGAGUUUUGGCUCUUUCAGAAGUCCAUCACCUAAGACAGUCCACCAGGACACAGCCAGCAUCAGCUCCUGCCCUGAAAUGGUCGGACACACGGGGAAUAAGGACACUAAGAAGACCUGUACGAAAGGAAUGACAACAGCUCUGAGUCGACGUCGUGUUUCCUGCCGUGAGUUGGGUCACCCCGACUGCGACGGCUGGCUCUGGAAGAAAAGAAGGGAGAGCAGCGUCUUCCUCGCCCAGAAGUGGCAGCGCUUCUGGUUUGUCGUCAAAGGCCCCUACCUUUACUGGUACACCAGCCAACAGGAUGAGAAGGCAGAGGGUCUGGUCAACAUAGCCAGCUACAGUAUAGAGGGCGCCGGAGAGCACAAAAGAAAAUAUGUUUUCCAAAUGUGCCACUGGAAGUUUCAGAACUUCUUCUUCGCUGCUGAUCACGUCAGCGACAUGGGCAAGUGGAUCAACUGUCUGAUUACAGCCAUACAGAAGCACAAGAAGCUGAGAGGCCCAGACAGUGAAGAAGAAUAUUACAGUGAAACUGAAUCAGAGAGCGAAUCAUCUCCGUCGCCCCGCAGGAGAAACAAGAAGGUUCAGAGCCACACUCUGCCUCGCCCGAAAGGGAGGACAAACAAGAUGCCAAUAAUGAGUCCUUCAACAGAGGGCAGCAAAGGAACAGGCGGCCCAGUAGAUGAGAUGGGAAUGAUGUUAAACAACAUAAAAGAAGGAGGAGUUUCACUGAUCGGCCAUGAGCAGCCGUUUACGCACGACCACUUCAGGAAGUCAUUCAUCCGACGCAACAAGAACCCUGUCAUCAAUGAGAAGGCGCACACACUCCGAGCUCUGCAAAGCACUCUAAAAGCCAAAGAAGCAGAGUUGCAGCAGAUCAGCAAGAUCCUGGACGACUCCGAUCUGACGGCUUCAAAGUACCGUCAGUGGAAGGAGCAGAACGAGGAACUAGUCCAAGAGAUUGAGAGACUGGCCGCACUCAAGGCCCCCAACACGGAGGAUGUUGCAGUGGUGCAGGACACACCUACUGAGGCGGUUGCCUUGGAAACUGUCGCUAAGGAAACAGCGCCUGCAGAAACAGAAGGCGCAUACAGACUAAGCCUGAGCGAUGGGGAGCAGUUAGUUGACGCAGAGCCGUCUGAUGUUCUCCUGGAGAUCCCACCAGUCUCCUCGAACACAGAGACCAGUCCAGUGUUAGAACUCUCUCUGGGGUCGCUGCAGGAGUCAAUAAACAAGCAGCUGAGUAAGAUGGCAGAAAGUGGAGAAGCUGACGAGAACUAUUUCUACAUCUGAAACCACUGGAACGGUCACAGCAACUGAAAGUUGCUCUGUUAAACAAAAUCAGAUAGAUCGUCAAUCAUGCAGCAGUGUAAGACACCGUGUUUUCUGACGACGUUCGCCUGAAAGGACGAGUUAAAACUUGCCACAGAAUCAACGCUCUGAUCAAGUAUACUCAUGAAAUGCAUCAGUACAGACUUUUCUAUAGCAAACAUACUUCGACGUAUGACAAGUUUACGACAGCAAAGAGAACAACUUGCCAAGUUUCAGUCAAAAGCAAAAUAUCAAAUAGGACUUUUCUUGUACUUCAACAAGAAUUCGUAAUGUAAGUAAUGCCUCUUGUAAUGUGAUAUGUAAAUACAGUUUUACCAUAAAUACUGUCUGUAUUUGUUUAUUGACUUUACCUUAAUAAAGGUACAUUUAAAAAAAGGUUGCACAGAA